AUGGUAGACACGAAACCCGAAGAACAAUCUGUCGAACGAGCCAUCUCGCGAGCUCGCGGGGCUAUCACAGACGGGCGAGUGGAGAAUUGGGCUUUCAAGCACAAACAGUUGGCGAGCCUCUUUUCCGCCUUGCAGCGGUUAGGUCCAGCCAUGAGCGCCAGUGUCGAGACGGACGCCAAACACGAUACCUUCGACCGCAGCACGCGCGAGUUGUACUGUUGCUUGGAGACGAUCAUCGAAAUCGAUCAAGCAUUGCCCAAACGAUUUGAGCCCGUGCUGCCCCGGAAGUGGUCUCAGAAAUCUGUGGGACUAGAUGUUCGAGAGAAGCACCAAGGCCUUGGGGUCAUCGCAAUCGUUCCUACAUGGAAUCACCCCUUUUCCAGUUGGAUUGUCCCGCUAGCAACCGCCAUCGCCGAUGGAAAUGCAACGAUAAUCCUUUUCUCAGAAUCGUUGUACCCAACCAUGGGAGGACUCCUCACAACGUUAUCCCAGACAAUGGACCAGGAAGCCUAUCAGUUCUUGGCCUAUCCGAACGGGUUCAAAGCAGGAGACUCGAAACUCGACGUUGCAGCUGUGAUCGAGUCGGAUUGGGUUCUGCAGAAGACGAUCAAACGUGGCGCUACAUUCAGCACGAGAAGAUCGAUGCUCCGGCCCAACGCGAUCAUCAUCGACCAGACAAUUAUGCCUUCGAGAUGGAGCGCCAAUGACAAGGAUAUGAGUCGAGGGGCGAGAGACGUCUUGCGACAAGUGGUAGACGCCAUUGUUCAGGCGAGCGCACACUCUAGCUCGUCCGCGAACCCCUCUUCGUCGGCUCCCACCUUUGUCCUGGUACACGAGAACAUUGCCGAAGGCUUCUUCCAGGCCAUUCAAGGCGCGAAUGCUGGGACUCGACAUUUCAAGAGGAUUCAGGAGGACGUAAUGGAACAUCGCGAGCUUCUCGAAGGAGCUAGCCCCGGCGAGCUCGAUUUCUUGCCCGUCUUUUCGGUGUCCAGCUUCGACUAUGCGCUCGACUUUGUUCAGGACGAAGUCCCGGCUGGCGUUGCGACUUACGUCUUUUCGAAUGCGAGCUUCGGGGAGUACGCGUUCAAAGCACUAUCUUCGAUCCCUUACGUUUUCGUCAAUCAGUUACCUGAGCGAUUUCUAGUUAUGGGGCCAUACAUCGAUCGCGAGGCUUUCGCAUUGAAAUCCCGUCGGACCUUUUUCCCGCAAGGUCAAGCAGUGGUAAAGGAUGACCACCACAACGUACAACUCGAAAUCUCUCGGCUCGCCCUGAAGCCUCUCAAACAAGUCCCCGGGCAUCGUAUCGACUUUUUCGGAGGAAGCUUCUUGUUCACGGCAGGGCUGACUCUGAGUACUAUCGUCGGAGCGUUGGGGUACGGCGCUUUCAUUACUGGUACCAAGCUGUACGGUAGAUACGGUCCGAUGGGGAUCGGCCGCUUCUGA